AUGGCCAGAGUAACAUAUGAGGGUCUACUGAAGGGGGGUAUGAGUAAUGAGUCUGUGAGCAGAAGUCUUCACGACGCUACUCGCGAGCUGCGGAGUCAAUGGCUUAAGGCUGAGAUGGGGCAAGAUGGUGAUACAGGGGUCCGGGAUAUUGUGCCGAUGGAAGAUGAGUCUGAUAUUAGGCCCUUGUGGGUGCCUUACGUGCAUUGUGGGAUAUGA